GAUAAACCAGUACCUUUUCUAGUAUAUGCGACCAUAGGGGAAAUUCUCUCUAGGCUAGAUAAACGGAGGAGUUUAUUUAGUGUUUUAGCAAGCUUUAUCGCCUCCAUAGGUACAAAUUAUUUGCAUUUUCUAGAGCAGGGGAUAAGACGCGCCCUGGAAUCUUUCCUUUUUGAUGUGGAUUUUCCAAUUAGGAAAGGCUGCCCGUGAAUAGUCUUUUCUGCUUGAGUGAUGGCCAACACACUGGCAGGUUUGCAAGCUUUCUCUUCAUGAGGGUCCGUCCACAGAGCUAGGUGACAAACGCUCAGUCCAGGAUCUCUGCAGGUUCCUACUCGGGAGCCGGAGAGCGCCUGCGCGUCGGAGCCUCUUUGUUGCUGGGGCGCGGGGGUCCAGCUGCGCAUGCGCAAUAGGCCGGCACUGACAAGUGCGCUGCACCACUGGCACCGGCUGGGGGCGAGCCGACCUCGAGCAGCCGCCGCCGCCGCCGUCGUUGCUACUGCCGCAGCGGAGUUCAGAGGGCCCGGAGGUGGGAGACUUCCCACACGGUGACUGAGAUGUCGUCCACUGCGGCUUUUUACCUUCUCUCUACGCUAGGAGGGUACUUGGUGACCUCAUUCUUGUUGCUUAAAUACCCGACCUUGCUGCACCAGAGAAAGAAGCAGCGAUUCCUCAGUAAACACAUCUCUCACCGCGGAGGUGCUGGAGAAAAUUUGGAGAAUACAAUGGCAGCCUUUCAGCAUGCGGUUAAAAUCGGAACUGAUAUGCUAGAAUUGGACUGCCAUAUCACAAAAGAUGAACAAGUUGUAGUGUCACAUGAUGAGAAUCUAAAGAGAGCAACUGGGGUCAAUGUAAACAUCUCUGAUCUCAAAUACUGUGAGCUCCCACCUUACCUUGGCAAACUGGAUGUCUCAUUUCAAAGAGCAUGCCAGUGUGAAGGAAAAGAUAACCGAAUUCCAUUACUGAAGGAAGUUUUUGAGGCCUUUCCUAACACUCCCAUUAACAUCGAUAUCAAAGUCAACAACAAUGUGCUGAUUAAGAAGGUUUCAGAGUUGGUGAAGCGGUAUAAUCGAGAACACUUAACAGUGUGGGGUAAUGCCAAUUAUGAAAUUGUAGAAAAGUGCUACAAAGAGAAUUCAGAUAUUCCUAUACUCUUCAGUCUACAACGUGUCCUGCUCAUUCUUGGCCUUUUCUUCACUGGCCUCUUGCCCUUUGUGCCCAUUCGAGAACAGUUUUUUGAAAUCCCAAUGCCGUCUAUUAUACUGAAGCUAAAAGAACCACACACCAUGUCCAGAAGUCAAAAGUUUCUCAUCUGGCUUUCUGAUCUCUUACUAAUGAGGAAAGCUUUGUUUGACCACCUAACUGCUCGAGGCAUUCAAGUGUAUAUUUGGGUAUUAAAUGAAGAACAAGAAUACAAAAGAGCUUUUGAUUUGGGAGCAACUGGGGUGAUGACAGACUAUCCAACAAAGCUUAGGGAUUUUUUACAUAACUUUUCAGCAUAGAAAAGGAGGUACUUAGAAGUAUUGAAGGAAAAAAUGAAGACCUAAGAAAAAAAUAUUUCAUGAUCAUUUCCCUAAGCCAUUUCCAGAAUGGUAAAAGGUUUAAUCAGUUUUUAUUACCUCAUUUUUAAGCCUGUAUGAGAAUGUAGAAACUAUAUAUUGUAUGUAUAUUUAUUUUAAAUAAUAUUGUAUAUUUUAUGUUUGUAAAUUGUUUAGAAAGAUAAUUGGUUAUGAGAUGUAAGUUUUAAUUUCUUAACGUGCAUUUUUGUUUCUAGAUCUUAUACAGAAAUCUUGAUUAAUAACAUACACAGAUAUGUACAUACUACAUCAUCUACAGAAAUCUUGAUCAAUAACCUAGAAACUAGGUUAUCUAGGUUAUUGAUCAAGAUUUCUGUAGAUGAUGUAGUGUUCUAUUAUAAGUAAUUCUGGAAUCAAAGACUAUUGGAUACAUUUGGCAUGGGCUGAGUGUGGUGGCUCAUGCCUGUAAUCCCAGCACUUCGGGAGGCUGAGACAGGCAGAUCAUCUGAAGUCAGGAGUUAAAGACCAGCCUGGCCAACAUGGCAAAACCCCAUCUCUACCAAAAAUACAAAAAUUAACCAUGCGUGGUGGUACACGUCUGUCAUCCCAGCAGCUCUUAAGGCUGAGGCACGAGAAUUGCUUGAACCCGGGAGGCAGAGGCUGUAGUGAGCCAAGAUAGCACCACUGCACUCCAGCCUGGGAGACAGAGUAAGACUCUGUCUCAAAAAAAAAAAAAAAAAAAAAAUUGGGAGGCCGAGGCGGGCGGAUCACAAGGUCAGGAGAUCGAGACCAUCCUGGCUAACAUGGUGAAACCCCAUCUCUACUAAAAAUACAAAAAAUUAGCUGGGCGUGGUGGUGGGCACCUUAGUCCCAGCUACUCGGGAGGCUGAGUCAGGAGAAUGGCGUGAACCCGGGAGGCGGAGCUUGCAGUGAACCGAGAUCGCGCCACUGCACUCCAGCCUGGGCGACAGAGCAAGACUCCGUCUCAAAAAAAAAAAAAAGAAAGAAAAGAAAAAAAAGAAAAAAAUUGGCAUUAGUCUUCACUGGAAUACAAUCAAUUAGUAAAAGAUUUUUUUUUUUUUUUUUUUUGACAUGUAGUCUUGCUCUGUCGCCGAGGCCGGAGUGCAGUGGUGCGAUCUUGGCUCACUGCAACCUCUGCCUCCCAGGUUCCAGCAAUUCUUCUGCCUCUGCCUCCCGAGUACCUGGGAUUACAGGUGCCUGCUACCAUGCCCAGCUAAUUUUUGUAUUUUUAGUAGAGACAGGGUUUUGCCACGUUGGCCAGACUGGUCUCGAACUCCUGACCUCAGGUGAUCCACCCACCUCGGCCUCUCAAAGUGCUGGGAUUACAGGUUUGAACCACUGCACCCGGCCAGUAAAAGAAAUUUUGAAGGCCAUUGCAGCUAUUUGGUAGUGUCUUGUUAUUUCUAGGUGCACCUUAGUUAAAGGGGAAAAAUAAAAUGGAAAAAAGCUUGGAAAUCAGUGAUGUGUAGUUAUUUGGCAAGUUAUACAUAAUCAGCAGCAGCCAGGCUCAAGAAAAUAAAAGUUGAUUAGUUGAUCAGAAAUAAAAUCUGUAGAGUGAAUUAGAUUUCUGAGUUGUUGUUAAUGGAACAUUCUAUUUGAGACCUUUUUCAGGUGUGUAGCAAUUCUACCAUGUCCAUUUUUUUAAGCAUUAAAAAGGAACUUAUCAGUUGUAAAUUAAGACAAGAUCCAAAUAGUCAUAUUUUUGUGUUUCCUCUAAAAAAAUGUAAGAUUUCCAUUUUUGGCAUUGACUAACUGAGCCUACAUCUAGAUUUUAAAUACCAUCUUGAAUCCUAAUAAUUAAACUGAUGAAAGUGCAUAUCAUUGUUCCUAACAUUUAUGAACCCCCAUAAAGAUGUUCCUGAGUUAUUUAAAACUUAUUAAUGAGUUCUUUAAAACUCAUUAAUCUGAGUAUUAAGUAGAAACAGAAUUUUCCAAAGCAUUAGACAUCACUUUCUCAGUUUAUCUGAGGUGACUUCGUGUACAUCUGUUUCUAAUAUAUUUGACUAAUUUUCAUGAUCUCAGAUUGUGAGGUAAAUGUAAUCUGGAAUAAUAAGUGUCUUUUACCUAGAUUACAUCUCUCAUUUGGAGUUUGGCAAUGAAACAGCUAUGAAGAAUGACUGUACUCUCCCAUCUGUCCCUGGAUGACAUAAAUAUCAUUUGCUUUGUUGUUUAAACUGAAAUAAAGUUUUCCAAGAACAAA